AGCACUUAUUCAUGGAAUCUUUGGAACAGCUGCGUAUUGUCGUAUUCUGCUUUGGUUGUAAAAUAAGUGACUGGCACAGGAUGUGUAUAUACAAUUCCUGAUUAAUUUUUUCCUCGGACAUGUAGUUUUUUCCAGCUGUGUAACUGCUUCAUGUUUCAGCAACGUUUAAUUUCAGUGACCAGCUGAAGAAUAAGUUCUGAGCGUCGAACGAACAGUUGAAAUGUGACAACGUUAAACAUUGUCAGCUUUGAGUUUACACUGAACUUUUAUUUGGAAAAAUAUUUAUUUAGAAACAGAAAUGACAGAAACUGGCGAUGGGUCAUGGGGACAUCUUGAAGAUACAGAAUAUUUCGGAAGGAUUUCUAGUACGACGGAUUACGCUGUUCUCACUAAGGAGAAUCUAAAGGAAUCCAAGUAUGCUACGUGUACACAGGCUGCUCACUGUAUGAUAUACUGUACACACACGCAGCGGAUCUUUGAUUUAUACAGCGCUAGGGCUGCAGUUUUGAUGCAGAUGCGAUUCGAUGGAUAUAUUGGCUUUCCUGGAGGACUCAUAGAUGAAGGAGAAGAUGUUAUUACAGGACUGAAUAGAGAAUUAGUUGAAGAAAUGAAUAUCUCUCCUACAAGAAAUUUAAUAAAAGAUGAAAACCACAUAGUUUCUCAUUGGAAUAAAAGUACAAAAUUGGUAUUAAACUUCUAUGCUGUGGAAGUUACAAUGGAUGAACUUUUUCAUAUUGAAAAAAAUUCUGUAUUUGCACAUGAUUAUGGCACAGAGGUGCUUGGAACUCUGCGAGUACCAUUAUACACAAUGGGUGAUGGUUAUAGGGGAUUUCCAAAUUUUCUUAAUAAUAAAUUUUGUGGCAACUCUAAACAGCAGUUGCUAUACUCUCUGCAUCAUCUGGGCUUGAUGACAGAGGAGGAGAUACAGAAUGCAGUUAAUGCUAAACCUGUUUCUGCAUGAUUUAUCAUUCCAUGUGAUAUUUAUUUAGAUCCCAUUCUACAGUGAAAUAUUAUGUGAUUUAAUUAUACAUUCCGUGAACUGUGACAUGAGAAGUUAUUGUUCAUAUAUUGUUAUGUAUUUAUAAAGAUUAAUAAAUAUAUUUGACUGUUA